AUGCCCUCGGACGAGAUGCUUCCCUUCGACAUGUCGCUCCUCGACUUGCAGCCGCCGAGCAAGCAGCAGCAGCAGGCCGAGCCCGAGUUCAGCAAGAACUAUGCGAUCGGGUCGCGCAUCCAGCGCUCCAUGAGCGCGCCGCCAGUCGCCGAGCAUGUGGGCCGGUUGCCGCCGCCCAUGUAUGCGCAGAGCGAGUACGACGACAACCAGACGGAAGCCGAGUUGCACCCCGAGUAUUACUACUACUACGCGCCCAAGUCGCACAACCCGCGCCUGCCCAUGUCGUACAACGCGUGGGAGUCGAUGCACAAGCAGUACCACACGCGCCACCACCAUUCGAGCUCGUUGCACCGCGUGCAAAUUCCCGACCACCGCGACGCGCCGCCGGCGUACACGACCAGCAUGGCCCCGAAAGCGUCGCAGGAGGACUUUGAAGCUGCGGUCGCGGCCGCUGGAGGCCACACGUACCAAAAGACAGAGCCAUUCUGCUCGUCGCCGACCGACUCGAACCACGGCGGGUCCGUGCGGCCGGUCAACAAGACGCUUAUUGACCGCAUCCAAGAAGACUUUCCGCGCACGCCGUCGCCCGUCUUUGGCUAUGGCAUGACGUCCGAGAUGGAAGAGGAGCUCCAUCGCGCUGGCCGGUACGCCGACUGCAACAACAACCAGCAGCAGCAUCACCACGAGCUCCCGUCCGACUUUUUGCACAGCAUGAAGCGGUUUCCGGCCAGCCGCGAGAAGCAGCUGCCGCGCAUCAACAUUGUUAGCCCGCAGUACUACCCGAUGAUGUACGCGGGCCCGCCGCCGGGCUUGCACUAUGGCGUUCCGCCGAGCCAUCCCGGCAUGGUGCAGCACCCCAUGUACGAGCGUGUGCCCCGGGGCAUGUACCCAUCGGGCUACGAGCCCGAGUACGGCAUGUACCACGAGCCCGAGAUGAGCGACCGAAGCCACUAUCCCGACAUCCGCCACCUCAAGGCAACGUCGCACGAGUACCCAUCGUCGCGCGGGUCGCCGCCGGGGUACAGCCGGUCGCGCGGCUUCUCGUCGAGCGCCAAGAGCUUCACCUCGUCGUCCGCAAGCCGCCACCAGACGACGCAGCAGUCGCAACCACACAACGAAGCAGCGCCCAAGGAGACGAUGGCCAAGCCGCGCGUGGCCUUGAACCCCAAGGAAGCAUGCUUUGAGCCGCGCGCCGCGCAGCCCGUGUCGUCGUCGUCUUCGUCCGAGAAGCGGCUGACGGACAAGACCAAGGUGGCGCCGACCAGCGUGCUUCUCAACGACUUUCGCAACACCAACAAGCACAAGAAGUGGGAGCUCCUCGACGCCCGCGGGCACAUGGUCGAAUUCGCCAAGGACCAGCACGGCUCGCGCUUCAUCCAGCAAAAGCUCGAGACGGCCAAGGCAGACAUCAAGGACAUCGUGUUCGCCGAAAUCUACCCGGUCGCGCUCACGCUCAUGACCGACGUCUUUGGCAACUACGUCAUCCAAAAGUUCUUUGACUUUGGCACGUCGCACCAUCUGUCGCUGCUGCUGCGGACCAUCUCCGGGCGGGUGCUCGAGCUCGCGCUGCAAAUGUACGGCUGCCGCGUCAUCCAGAAGGCGCUCGAGCUCAAGAACAUCCCCGAGAAGCUCCAUUUGAUAUCGGAGCUCACGGGCCAUGUGCUCAAGUGCGUCAAGGACCAGAACGGCAACCACGUGGUGCAGAAAUGCAUCGAGAUCCUGCCGUGGAAGACGCCGGUGGCCAUGGACGUCGGUGGCUUCAUCCUCUCGGCGUUCCUCGGCAAUGUCUACUCGCUCGCGACGCACCCAUAUGGCUGCCGCGUCAUCCAGCGCGUCCUCGAGCACUGCACGGAGGCGCAGAUGGCGCCGAUCCUCAAGGAGAUCCACGACUGCUGCUGCCUCCUCGUCGAAGACCAGUACGGCAACUACGUCAUCCAGCAUGUCCUCGAGCACGGCCAACCGAGUGAGCGGUCGCAGGUCAUCAACAAGGUCUACCCGGACAUCGUGCGCUUCAGCUACCACAAGUUUGCGAGCAACGUGAUCGAAAAGUGCCUCAUGUACGCCAGCGUCCACCAGCUGCAUGUCAUUGUCGCGCACGUCAUGGAGGCCAAUGAGCGCGGCGAGUGCCCGCUCCAGGUCAUGAUGAAGGACCAGUACGCCAACUACGUGGUGCAGAAGCUCAUCGACGUGGCCGACGCCGAGGAGCGCGAGCGCAUGGUGGUCAUCAUCAAGACGCAGGCGAGCCAUUUGAAGCGCUUCAACUUUGGCAAGCACAUCCUCAACCGCCUCGAGAAGCUCACGGGCCAAAAGAUUGCGUAA